UCAAUGAAUAGGAUUUAGAUUUAAUGUGUUACUGAACGACAUUAUGUUUGUCGCUCUACCAAUUCUGGUACAAUGGUUGCUCAUUCUUAUUGCUCAUUGCAAAGCAGAAACUACUGACGACAAAAUAGCAGCCAUGUUUCGCCGACUCGAAGUUGUAGAGAAGAAGGUUGAACAAGUUGAAAAGGAAAAUAAAGUACUUAAGAAAGAAAACAAAAGAAUAAACGAGAAGCUUGAAACUUGUGGGUGUGCAAACUCCCAAAAGGACAUUGGCUUUGAAGAACCUGUUAGAGCAGAGGAUGUCCAAUACACUAACGAAAUUAAAUUAAAUGGAACAACUAGUCUGAGACCACCAUUAUCUCCUAUCCAAAACGUGAAGACGUUGAAUUUUGAAGACCAUAAAAGGAAUUAUAGAAAAAGUUUAUCACUUGGAACAUCCUCGACUACCAUUACAACUACUACACGUAUGGCUUUUUUGGCAGGACUUUCUAAACCUAUAACCAGUUUGGGGUCGCACCAAGCUAUUAAUUACGACUUAGUUUUAACCAAUGAAGGACAAGCAUACGAUUCUCUCCGUGGCCAUAUGGUUGCCCCUGUAAGAGGUUUAUACCUCGUUUCAGCAUGUGUAUUUGUUGAUCCUAAUAAUUAUCUUGCACUUGAUUUGUUUAAAAAUGGUCAGUUAAUUUCAAACUUUUUUCCCGACGGACGAGGUGGUCAUUAUGAUUCGGAAAGUAAAACAUUACCUUUAGUUCUGGAGAAAGGAGAUAUUGUAUGGAUGCGUACUCAUCCCGGUUCUGAAGGUCAUGCACUACCUGCGCAUGGUGGUUCCUUAUACAACUCAUUUUCAGGAGUUCUAUUGUAUGAAAUGUAA